UCUGACCGUUGACCCGGAAACGCUUAGGGCAGCUCCUCGGAUGCCCGGAGUACGCCAUGGUAUUCCUCACGACGCGGCUCUGGCUGCGGAACCGCAUCACAGACCGCUUUUGGCGCGUUCAGGAGGUGCUGAAACAUGCUCGGCAUUUUAAGGGAAGGAAGAAUCGCUGCUACCGGCUGGCCGUGAGGGCGGUGACCCGAGCCUUCGUGAAGUGCACGCGUGCCCGCAGACUGAAGAAGCGGAACCUGAGGACCCUCUGGAUUAAUCGGAUUACAGCUGCCUCCCAGGAACAUGGUUUACAGUACCCAGCAUUCAUUGCCAACUUAAUUAAGAGCCAGGUGGAGCUCAACAGGAAAGUACUUGUGGACCUGGCCAUCUAUGAACCAAAGACUUUUAAAUCUUUGGCAGCUUUGGCAAAGAGGAGGCAGCAAGAAGGAUUUGCUGCAGCUUUGGGGGAUGGAAAGGAGCCUGAGGGCAUCUUUUCCAGAGUGGUGCAAUACCGGUGAAGGCUGCAGUGCUGUGGGGAUUGUUAUAAACAAGACAGGAGCAAAAGGACUGUCUAGUCACCAGUAAGUCUGACUUGUAUUUAUUUACAUUUUUGCAACAGGCCCCAGAGAAAAGGUUUUCAUUCAGCCCCAAAACUGCCCUGUAAAGAUUGUACAAAUAAAAGCCUUUGCAGUGUUCAA